AAAAGGAGGGUCAUCAAGAUGUAUUGAAUUAUUAAGUAGAUUGAGAGAAGAUUAUUUACCAUCUCUUUAAGACCGGUAAUAAUUGCGACAUAUGUAUUGUAUUUAGUUAUUUAUUAUUUAUUAACCGAUAAAAUUGGAAUAAGUUACCUAAAAUUUAGGGGAAAAUAUGAUUAAUUACGUAAGUUCAGGGGGUAUUUUGGUUUACGGCAACAGCAGGCGACGUGUAGAAGAAGAAUCUCGGGAACCCUAGCAGAGGUUUGUUUCUCAAUCCUACGCCGCUACGACCAUUGCCGCUUUCUCCACUCCACGAUGAUAACAAAGAAACAUCCGUCGCCGUUUCUCAAUCCAACGGGUAACAUUAAUGAUAUUGAUCGUAAUGUUCUAUGCAAUGUGUUACACAUCAAACAAUGCUCCAAAGCCUCCCAAUAUAUGGUGAAGUUUACAAAGCAAAGGCAUUGGAAUCAUCAAACAAGUAUGUCUCUACCUUUUAUAAGCUUCUUCAUUUUCAGUAACAUUAUAGGAAUUAGACACUCUUUCUUUGUCACCACUGCAUUUGUGAUGGCAUUGGCAGCUGGUAAGCUUUGGGACACCAUUUCUGAAUGCAUCUCCCAAAUUCAAUCUGAUUGUGAUGAUGAAGCUAAAGAGAGGGCACUUCAAACCCUAGUUUCCAUCACAAAAGCAAGCCCUCCACACAGAAAUUUAGUCAUGCAGAAUCAGGAAGCCAUCCCCGCUCUCCUCUCCCUGCUCAAAUCCUCCUCCCGUGCUCUUGAAAGACUCUCACUUUCCAUCCUCUUCAACCUCUCAUUAAACCCUAAUCUCAAAUCCACCCUUGCUGACAUGGCAACCAUUCAACACCUCAAUACUGUGAUCCUGUCUCGUGGGUCACUCGAGUCUAGCAAACUAGCAGCUUCUUUGAUAUGCAGCCUGGCAAUGCUAGACAAGAAUAAAGCAGUGUUUGGGGUAGCGAAUACUAUUCAAGCAUUGUUGAAGGGAGUUUCAAGGCCUAAUAGUCCUGUGACACAUCACCUUCUCAGCUCACUUGCUGAGUUGGUGCACUUCCAUGGGAAUUGCACAUUGGCUGUUAGAUCAGGUGCAGUUGGUGUUCUCCUGAGAAUAGUUGAGAACAAAGACAGUGAAGAUCUUUGUGGGACUGCUCUUAGUAUUCUUGGGCUUCUUGCUAAGUUUGAUGAAGGGCUAAAAGCUUUGACAAAUACACCUAGUAUUGUGAGUAGAAUGCUUGAUGUGUUGAAAGGUAGGUCCAUGUUGAAUAAUGAAGGUGCAGCCGAGGUACUUCUUCGUGUUUUUGAUGAGAGUGAAGAAUGCUUGAGAGAUGCUAUCGGAUUGCCUGAUUUCAUGUAUACAUUAGCUGAGCUCUCGGUGAGAGGAUCAACGAGAGCUCGGGAGAAAGCUUCUCUACUGUUGAGAAAACUUGAGGCUAAUGAAUCAUAUGUAGAUGAUGAUCUGGUGUUCUUGAAAUGGUAAGGUAGGAUGCGUGUCUUAAGAAAAGUAACAUAAUAAGAGCUUUUGUUUGUUUUGUAGCACAUGAGUGUGCACAUUAUUAGGUCCUCUUUGAAGGUUUAGGUAAUGAAUAGAUGGGUUUGGUGUUAAAAAAGGCAUGGAGUUUAUAGGAUUGAAGCCAUGACUCACAAAACUACGAACUACAUAAAAAAUGAAUUUGAGAGUUACAUAAAGCCAUAAAGUUAAAUUUAUAAAGAAAGCAUAACUAUCUUGCAUCCAAAUACAACAACAACAACAAAUAAACCCAAAUCCCAUAAAGUCUUGUGAGGUAAGUGGGAGGUUUGAUGUAGGUGGUCUUAGUGUCUUGCCUCCACCCGUGGGUAGAGAGGCUACCUCUAUAGGAGACUUUCGCCAUGAUCAAGGAUGCACCAUACAUGAGCAAAUAAAAGCAAUAUACAAUUAAAUAUACUAAUACUAGAAAUAGUACUAAUUGUAAAAAUGAAAUAACAUAAGACGAUAAAUACUUAAAUGCCUAAAUGAUAAUACAAGAAACAAAACUUAUGCUACUACACUAACCUAAUUCUCCGUCUCCACUCCUACCUAUGUGAGGUCUGUAGAAGGUGCCAACUCCUUCGUGUCUAACCUCACACUAUAGUUACGUUGCGUCCUCGGUCGACCUCUCCUCUUCGCCUUACCGUAGAUGUGACGCCUCGAUCCAUUGAGUACCGUCAUCUAUCCUUAGUACACUUUAUUUUAAAUACAACUAAGAUAAUACCUUAGAUUUCAUCUUCAUCAUGGUUUAACAAAAUUACAUAAGCAAAAGUGCAUAAAAGAAAAACUAUUUUAACCGUUUAUAAUUCAUCCAAAAUUUCUGUUAAAACACUAACUACUUGUGGUCCUUCUUCUUUCCUGAGAUACAUACAUGAAUACAUAAGCUUUAAGUUUAGUGAGUAUUUUGGUUUUAAUAUUUAGCAUAAACAUUUGAUGGAAAAAUAACAAUUAAAUGCUUGAAAACAUUAAUUUGAGAUCUUAUAGCUACAUGUAAGUAGGCCCAACUUCUGGGAGGUUUGCUAACCUUGGGAUUCAUAUAAGGCUGUCCCAUAAGGUCCGUUUUUAAGACGUCCCUUCAUCCCAUACCCAAUGCGUUGGGUUACUUGGGUAUUUAAAUGACCGUACUUAACAUGAAUAAAACUUUCAUGCUAACUUCAUAAUAUGUUGUUAAAUGUCUUUGAAAAAUCAUUUGAGCAAGUGAACAUGGCAAAUAAUUUAAAUGCAUUGAACAUAUACGUAGCAUGUAUGUAUCCCAUUAAAUCACAUAAAUAUACUCACCUUUCUUUGAGCUUUUAGGCUUCUUUUUAAUCUUUUAAGUCACCACCAAGCUUGAUAGUGUAUUCUAGGAUGAAAAAAAAUGCUUAACUUCACUUGCUAUGUCUAGUAAAAUUGUGUGCAUUGCUUGCUUGUUCUUUAGGCCUAAAACAUAGUACAUUGUUGAUGAGAUGAUUACACCUAGUGUACUUGUUGUACCUCAUCUCCUUAGAAGCUUACACCUCAAGCCUCUAGCUCUUCUAUGUCAUCUUCCAGCUUAGCUUAAUCUCCUUAGAAGCUUACACCUCAAGCCUCUAGCUCUUCCAUGCCAUCUUCUAGCUUAGCUUAAUCACUCAAAAUCUAGGCAACGCUUAUCUCUACUUGUAUAUGCUAGCUUGGUUACUACUUUUAGCCUUGAUUUGUCAUGCUAAGCUUUGGUUUACUUGUAGCUGGUGUUGUGGUACUUGUAAGCAUAUGGUAAGCUACUUGUGUGCUUGCUUAUUUUCAACUUUUCUUUUUACAUAAAAUUUGCAACAUUCUUCUAUAACAACUAUUCUUAAAGUGUCCCUUAUGUUCUUUUAUAUUACAAGGGUGUUAUGGUAGAUGAUUGCCUCCUCUUGACAUAUCUAAACCACUAAAAUCUUUCUUUCCUCGAAUUUUCGGUGGUUCACGCAACUCCUAACUUAUUUAUGAUUAUAGCAUUCAGUAUUUUCUCCAACAUUGUUGUAAAGCAUAAACACUGAAGGAUCCUCAUUUCAGAAAUUUCCAUCUUCCUCUCAUGCUCUUUUUUUUCCGGCUAACAUUUGAAGCAACUACCACCUUGUAUCUUGCAUCCAAAUGAUGCCAAUGGUUGUUUUAAAACAAUUUUGGCUAAGGGUGUAGACUAGACAAAGCAAAGUAGAAGGAGAAACGAGGUUUAUUGGGUAGGGUUUAACAUGGACUAGGCUUAUAUAGACCACACUUUUAUCAUGUUAGAUAGUAGAUAGUUUUUUAUAAUGAUUUCUUAUGCAUCUUUAGCGUGGUCGUACAAUUAUGAAUAUUUAUAAUAGUUGGAUAAAUUUAUAAAAUAUGAAAGUGUUGUGGCAAAAUCUAGAGAUUUGAAACAUGUGAACCUACAUGUUUUAGACAUGACACUUUAGUGUCUUGUUUAGGGACCUAUUCCGUGUAAAUGCAUGUAAUUAUCACAUGAAGCUUGCAAAUUGAACUUAUUUUACUAAAUAUUAGGUGUAGACUACCAGGAAAGAAAUUUAAAGCCCAAAUUUGCUUGCCUUUUCUUUCAUUUCCUUUAUCGUGAGUUCGUGACCUUUCCCCUUUAUUGUGCCCUCGACAAUCGACAUAGGACAUCGCCGAGUGGUGCGUUUGCUAUCGUAUCUUUCGAUUGCACCUCAACUACACCUAAAACAACAAGAAUUUGUUUAUCGCAUUGAUAUUAAGGUAUCUUUUUCGAAUACUUAACCUUUAGAUCUAGUUUGAUCCCAAAUCGAUUAUUCCAAAAUUUUACUUGUAAUGCUUUAGUUAGGUAAAUUAUUUUGCAACCGGAAAGAAUUGGCUAGGGUUGUUUGGAAUAAAUGUUUGUGUGCUUCCGAUUACGCUAUCAAUAUUUCUUUACAUUUUUGUUAAUAGGAUUAAUGUCAAUGAACUUAACUUGUAUAUGGAAUGUCAUAAUUAUGAUUUCCAUUCCAUGAUAAACAAUGUUAGGGCCUUAUUAAUGAGAUAAUUCUUUAAUUAAGGUAGUUAUUUAAUUACUUAGAAGCAGUGAUGAUAGUUUGUUAAGCUUUGGUGUCAUGGAUGGUGUCACUUAGAUCAUGAGAGAGAUAGAGAGAAGGGAAGGGGGGGGGGGGAUCUUAUGGGCCAUCAUUUGUACCCAUCUAGUAGAAUGACGAGAGAGUCGAGUUCCAUAGGUCUUGGAUAUUUCUUCCAUUUCAUAGUGGAUGAUAGUGGGUAUCUUACUAUGAUUUCCUUCUUUGUAUCUCCAAAUUAGCAAAGGGUUUAAAGGCAUUUAGCUACAACUCAUUGCCUUAUUGUGGUUGUAAAUAAUAUGUCCAUCUUUUUGCACAUGUUAUGCUUUUUUCGUAAUCUAGUGGGAAAUUGUGUUAGAUCUUUUGAUAUCCUCGUUUAUAUAGAGGGACACGUUUGAGAACAUGAACCAUAAAUUUUGGAUAUAAUGAUAUUAACUAUGUUGAGACAUCUUUUUGGUUUUAAGAUGAAUUUUGGUUUUACUCCCACCAUUAUCCCAUUUUCUUUGGUUUUUCCUCUCAUUUUUGGACCAUUGACUCUAGUCGUAGUCAAAUCUCAUCUUUACCAUUUUAUAUGGACCUUGUUGCUCAAACCUCAUCUUUAAUAUCGCUAUGCGGCGGUGUUUGGGAUUGCUUUUCAAAACAACCUAUUGACUUAUUGGCUUUUUGAAAAGCCAAUAAGUCAAAAAUAAUGUUUGGCAAACUCAAAAGCAUUUUUCAAAAUAACUUUUCCAUUAGCUUCAAAAAGGAGAUUUCAAAAAGCAGGUAAAACUUGGCUUUUUGAAACUCCUUUUAGCUUUUUAAUCAUAAUAGCUUCAAAAAAGAGAUUUUAAGCCUAACAUUUUUUUUAAACUUAUUGCCUUAUUGGAUUUUGCCAUCUCAAAAGCUAAUCCAAACACUUUUUUAAGUCAAUAAGCACUUUUUCCCAACAACACUUUUGGAAUUCAAAAAGCAGUCCCAAACACCCCCUUGUUCCAACCAUGUGUUGUCAAUGCACCAAGAUCUUCAGUUUUGAUCUGAGCCUUGGCCUACAUUAGUGCUGGCUUUGACUAUUAAGUUCUACCUGAGUUGGGUGUCACUAGCAUUUUCUCAAGAGAUUACUUGAUCUUUCAUUAUUCUACCUUGGUGUCUUUUAGCAGAGCAUCAGAGUUUUCUCUAUUGAGUCAAGAAAUUCUAAACCUUUUAUAUUGCUGGUCGCCUAUAGAUGUUUUUUCCAAUCCAUGACUUGUAAACUACGGCGUUCUCUGUUCUUAUAGAUUUGGUCCUUGAAUUUUAUGCAAGAAAUAUUUUAUAAUGCUUAUUUAAAAAAGAAAAAACUAAUGUAAUGCAAUGUUUAGAAGAGGAAGAAUGAGCAUGGUGGGAGAUUGGAUUUGUGGGUCAUGCAAUCACUUAAACUUUUACUGGAGAGAAUCAUGCAGGAGAUGCAAAGAGCCACGAUCCCAAGACAUGAAUGCAGCUGUGAGUGCGGGCCCCAGGGUGUUUGCUUUUAGGCCCGGGGAUUGGUUCUGUGAUGUUGGGAUUUGUCAGGCUCACAACUUUGCAAGCCGAAGAUUCUGUUUCAAAUGUGGUGUAAUUAAAAGCAUACCAUCUUUUGGUCCUACUGUAGGACUAGGAUACUACCCUACCCUUCCCCUUCCCCCUCCCCCUCCUCCUUUCUUGAGUUUCAGUUUCAUGAAUCCCAGAAUCAGCCAACGAGGCUGGAAGCCUGGCGACUGGUUUUGUGGCAGGCCUGGCUGUAAUGCACACAACUACGCUUCCCGAAUGAUAUGUUUCAAGUGCAAGUCUUCUAGGGAAUUGGUUACCAAUGUUUCUAAUUGAUUCCUUCCUUGCAUUCCGAAUUCUGGUCCUAUGGUUAUGCUAUCACCUCUGUUAGGAGAGAGGGAGAGUCAGAGUUGUUGUUUUUUCGUUCAGAUCUUGUUAUAUCUUAUGUGUUUCUUUUUAUUUCUGUUGGUUGCAUUGCAAUGGAGUUUGAAUCUGGUAUGAAGUUUACAUGAAUUAAUGAAGGAUGUAAUUAUAAGUGGUUUCUUCAGUUUGAAUGUGAUGAUUAUGGAUGGAUGGAUGGAGUUAUAAGAUUUUUGUGGCAAUUUGGUUGGAUCAUAUGUGUAGUUGUAAGAAAAGUUCAUUCAA